AUGCCAUCUUCAUCCGACAAAACCUUUGAACUAGCACCUGUUGAAAAUACAACAACCCAAGAGGACAAGCUGGAGGGUCAGGUUGUAGAUAUACAAACUAUUGCAGAAGAAGAAACUGGCGUUUUGUACAAUGACAGGUCCAAGUUGAAACAGGGCUUGAAAGAGCGCCACAUUAAAAUGUUGACGCUGGUAGGGGUUUUCGGUACUGGGCUUUUUUUGUCCUCGGGUGGUACCUUACGCAAGACAGGCCCCGCUGGAAUGUUCAUCGCUUACCUUGUCGUUGGUAUCGUUGUGGGUUGUAACCAAAUCGCCAUUGCAGAGGUGGCCUCGUUUAUGCCUGCCACUGGUGCGACCAUCAGACAUGCGGAGCAAUUCAUUGACGAAUCCGUCGGCUUUACGUUCGGCUGGAUCUCAACCUACUCCUCUUUAAUGCCAGGUGAGCUGUCUGCAACGGCUGUAGUUAUGAAAUACUGGACAAAUUUGAAUUCUGGUGUCUUCAUCACAAUCUUUGGCAUACUCUUUGUUUUGACCAAUAUUUACACAAUCCGGUUCUAUGGUGAAGUUGAAUACAUAUUUGGUUGGCUCAAAGUGCUUUUGAUUCUUAUUUUGAUCAUCACUGGCCUCGUGAUAGACUUGGGUGGCACCAAGGGCCAGGAGAGAUUGGGGUUUCACUACUGGAGAGAUCCAGGUCCAUUUGCUGAAUACCUAGUCGAUGGCAGCAUUGGCAAAUUUGUUGGAUUUUGGUCUGCGCUUUCUUCCGUCGUUUAUUCCUACAGCGGCAUUCAGAACAUCGCUAUCCUGGCGGGAGAAACGAAGAACAGUAGACACGCAAUAUUUCAUGGUGCGAAGAAUGUUUUUGUUCGCAUUAUUGCCUUGUACCUUGCAGCUGUUUUGAUUUUAACUAUGAUUGUUCCGUACAAUGAUAAACUAAUUGCCACUGGUACUGGUACAGCCAAGUCCAGUCCCUAUGUCAUUGCCAUGAACAGAGCUGGAAUCAAGGUUUUACCACACAUCAUCAAUGCGAUUAUAUUGACCUCAGCUUGGUCGGCCGGUAAUUUGGCCAUUGUCGAGGGCUCCCGUAACCUAUUUGCUCUCGCGACUAAAAAGCAGGCUCCACAAAUCUUCUUGAAAACGAACAAAAGGGGGAUACCAUGGGUUGGUAUCCUGUUCAUCUCUGCUUUUUUGCCCUUGGCCUACAUGUCCUGUUCAGAGUCUUCGUCAGAAGUCUUCGGCUGGUUUCAAGAACUGGUUUCUUCCAACACGCUUCUUCGCUGGAUUUUGAUUUCCGCGAACCAUAUUCACAUGGAUAGGGCACUGAAAGCUCAAGGAUACUCGAGAUCCGAUCUACCUCACCACACACCUAUCGCCCCCUACGCUGCCUGGUUCUCAGGUAUCAUGUCUGUUAUCUUUCUCUUGACUGGAGGAUUCUACAACUUUAUUCACGGACACUUCAACAUUGAGUCAUUCUUCACCAGAUACUUUAUUAUUCCACUGGCCAUUGGUUUGUUUACUUUCUGGAAACUUUUCAAAAAGACUAAGUAUCUGCGCCCGGAAGAGGUUGAUCUAAAGGCCAUUUUUGAAGAUAUCGCUCAGAACCCAGAACAUAUUCCGCCAAAAUACUCACUUCGUAAGAAAAUUGUUAGUGCAUGGAAAGAUCACAAGUCGCAAUAG